CCUCAGAGCUGUGACGUAGUUGCACUUCCUCUUCGCUGUGGAAUGAGUUGUUGUUCUUAAAAUGGCGCCGUUGGACCUGGACAAGUAUGUUGAAAUUGCAAGACAGUGUAAAUAUCUACCAGAGAACGACCUAAAGAGAUUGUGUGAUUAUGUAUGUGACCUGCUACUUGAGGAAUCAAAUGUACAACCAGUAUCCAGUCCAGUCACUGUUUGUGGUGACAUCCAUGGACAGUUUUAUGACUUGUGUGAACUUUUCAGAACUGGAGGACAAGUACCAGACACAAACUACAUUUUCAUGGGUGACUUUGUGGACAGAGGAUAUUACAGUUUAGAGACGUUCACAUACUUGCUAGCACUUAAGGCAAAGUGGCCAGACCGCAUCACACUGCUGCGUGGGAAUCAUGAAAGUAGACAGAUUACACAAGUGUAUGGCUUUUAUGAUGAGUGCCAAACAAAGUAUGGAAAUGCCAAUGCUUGGCGAUACUGCACAAAAGUGUUUGACAUGCUGACUGUUGCUGCCUUGAUAGAUGAGCAGAUCCUUUGUGUGCAUGGUGGUCUUUCACCUGACAUCAAGACUCUGGAUCAGAUUCGCACCAUUGAACGGAACCAGGAAAUCCCCCACAAGGGGGCAUUUUGUGACCUCGUCUGGUCUGACCCGGAGGAUGUUGACACAUGGGCUAUCAGCCCAAGGGGUGCUGGCUGGCUCUUUGGUGCCAAGGUCACCAAUGAGUUUGUCCAUAUUAAUAACCUGAAACUGAUUUGCCGUGCACAUCAGCUGGUUCAUGAAGGCUACAAGUUUAUGUUUGAUGAGAAGCUCGUGACCGUGUGGUCAGCCCCCAACUACUGCUACCGCUGUGGCAACAUUGCCUCAAUUAUGGUGUUCAAGGAUGUGAGUACACGGGAGCCCAAACUAUUCCGUGCCGUGCCUGAUGCAGAGCGAGUCAUUCCACCCAGAACCACAACGCCCUACUUCCUCUGAGAUCUUCGAUGCCCACUGUGUCCACCCCUCUUUCUCAGCUUGGUCAACCUCUCUCUUUCUUUCUUUUUUUUUUUUCCUUAUUUUAUGUUUUUGUGGGUUUUUUUUUUUUUUUUUUUAAACUGAGGUUUUUACAGAAUAUGCAUACUUUCUCACCACCACUUCCCCUGAGAUUAGAUUACAAGGAACCCUGAGAAUGUUGCCAGCCCUUUUCAUGAGAAGUGCAAGUUUGUCUUGUAGAAAUUUGGUGGAAAGAAAGCAGUGCUUCUCUUGGUGCUGUUGUUUUUUUUUUUUUUGUUUUUUUUUGGUUCUUUAAUCCUAAAUGAAAUUAUUCACAUGUGGUUAAAAAAAAAAGUGUAAACCACUUAGUCAGACCAAGAGUGUAGGCUUUUGAAUAUUUGUGUACUCGGAUGGUUUAAUCUGGCCCUGUUGUCUUGAAGACUUGAGGUUUGGGUGUGAGGUUUGGACCAGGUGAUUUAAACAGAAGAGUCUAUGAUUAUUUUGUACAUUUAAAAAUUGUAUUGAUUUCAUUUUUCUUUCAGAUUUAUUUUAUUAUUGUAGAGAUGUUGACCCACAUACCAAUAAAAUAUUGAAAAAUAAACCCCUUUAUUAAUUUAAA